AUGCUGUGCAAGAUCAUCUUCAUUGCUUCCGUAGUAGCUAUUGUUGUUGCUGACAACAGCGAUCAUGAUUAUCAUUCGCAUCCCAGCUACAAGUUCGAGUAUGGAGUAAAGGAUCCUCACACCGGAGAUCACAAGAGCCAGUGGGAGCAUCGCGACGGAGAUGUCGUCAAGGGAGCGUACACUCUAAAUGAAGCUGAUGGAACCAAGCGAGUGGUUGAGUACUCGUCCGACAAGCACAACGGCUUCCAGGCUCACGUCAAGCGAGUGGGCCAUGCUGACCAUCCGGCUGUCUAUGGACACCAUGAGGCUGGACAUUCGUACGGUCACGGGCAAGGACAUGGACAUGGCAGCAGCUACGCCAAUAGUAACCUGCAUCAGUAUCAUCAUUAAGGAGCGUCUAUGAUCGUUCCGUUUUGGUUCCUAAAAAUAUGAACUGAAUAAAAUCAUGUUUAUA